AAUCAUUAAGCACCACAAUCACUACGCAGCCUAGCAUUAAUAAUGACAUUGAAAAGCGCUCGCAAGUUCAUUACGAAAGGCGACGGGCGUACGGGGGCUCGACGAGUCUUCACUGCGUGUUUUAUCUGUGUUUGGUUUUUUUUUUUUUCGCCGGCGUCAAAAGACGCGUGCACCGUGAUACAGGCAGAAAAACGCGCCGCACUCGCAGAAAGCCGCCGGCGCUCCGAUGGUGCGGAGCUGCGUCGAAGACGACGACGAGAAAAAAACCUGUCCCGAAAUUUGUGCACACACGAAACGCGAGCACAUCAUGCAGUUGGUGCGUUUCUUGCUGCAGAUGCUCAACGCGUUCGGCAGCGCGCCUCCGCAGGAUGUGCACGUGCAGGACAUCACGACGCUGGACAACACCGGCGUGCGGCAUGAACGCAACGCCAGUCAACCACCCACACUCGGAUUCCAGGCAGCCGCCCCCAGGGCUGGCGGUGACUGCGAGCCCAUCGUGCUGACGCUGGGCGUAAACAAAAUCAAGCUGACGGCACGUCCGAUCGGCAACUGCGAACGCUGCUGCAAUAUGAAGAUGCGCAAGGACAUCCGCCUCUUGCUCUACACGAAGAACAAUCCGACUAAUGAGAUCCCGCUGCAAAUACGCGCCGGGAGCCUGAAGCGCGCUGGUUUCAAUCCCGACCAUCCGACGGUUGUGUUUGUGCAUGGUUUCGUCGAAGUGUGCAAAACCUCAUCGAGUUCAUACGCUAUCCGUGAUGCGUACAUGGGCCGCCCGGAGCCGUACAAUGUCAUCUUAGUAGACUGGACCAAUCUGUCCGCAGGGCCCUGGUACGGCCAGGCGGCUCAGAACACAAUCGUCGUCGCUGAUGUACUCGCCAAGUUCCUGCGGGCUUUCCACAAGUCGGGCGAGUUGUCCCUGGACCGCGUGCACCUGAUCGGCUUCAGCCUGGGCGCGCAGGUCGUUGGCAUGGCCGGCAAGCACCUGCGCGCGUGGCACCUUGUCAAUCGGAUCACCGGGCUGGACCCAGCGCUGCCGCUUUAUCCCGUCAAAGACGUGGCGCACCGCGUCACCAAGGACGACGCGCAAUUUGUGGACAUCAUUCACACGAGUCCUUUACUGCUGGGAUAUCCGGUGUCAAUCGGGCAUGCGGACUUCUACGUGAAUCCCGGGGCGGACUUCCAGCCGGGCUGCACAUUCGAGGAUCUAGUCUUGCGUAAUGAAAUCGAUGACUAUUUUUCCUGCAGUCACCAACGCGCGUGGAACACCUACGUUGAUACAGUAAAGUACCCAGACAAAUAUCCUGCCUACCAGUGUGAUUCGAAGCAAAGAAAUUGCAAAUUCAGCAAUGUUUACAUGGGCUACAAUGUUUCGAGAAGCAGCAGAGGAGAUUAUUACGUCAGAACCGCCUAAGAACCCCACAAACCGAGGCGUAGAAAACUCCUGACGAAGGAUAAAUACGUAUUAAAUGAUAGAAUAGCACCAGAUACAUAUUUAUCAGGUCGCAAUCUGAGUACUGAGUACAAUUUAUGUAUUUAUGACCGAUUCUUCGAUCGGUAGCGUGUCUCUCCAAUGGAAUUCAGGUGACCUGUACAUAGAAGUGCCAUUUGAACCUAGCUGCUUUUAAAAGAUUGGUGUCAUCGUGCCGAAUUGAAUUGUAGCCGUAGGUGGCUGUAGAUUGCACCCUCGUGGGGCCCGAUUUUGUUGCCGAAAUAAGUCGCAAUAAAAAGUGCCAAUAAAACUCCCCCAAAUAAAACGCUCCAAUCAUCGAUGGGCGGUAAUGGUUUAUUGCCGAGUGUUAAAUUUUUGUGUUUAUCUCGACGAUGUGAUAUUAACAAACAUAGCUGUAAGUACGCGUAAAUCCAGAUGAGAAAUAAAUGUGUUUGUGCCUCACCCACAAAACUACUUAAAUUCAA